UAGUUUUGUUUAUGCAUUUGAUGGCAAACUUCCCAUUGAUCCGCCACUGGUGAGUGCGUUACUGCAACCACAGUCAUUGUACUGCAACAGUGUUGUCACGGUUUCUAACCCUUUUGUUUUCUUAGGUUAGGACUGUCCGAAUUACACAAUUUGUAAACAAUUAAGGACUUAAUACAAAUGAAUCCCGAAGAAGUAGAAUUUCUCGGAGAAAAGCAACUAAUUAGCAUAAUCCCAACCUUUAAUAGUAGCACGAUACAUUUAGUGUCUGGAGACAUCGGACCCUUUCGUGCAAGUCUUCCAGUUAAUGUCCCUUUAUGGGUAGCAGUCAAUUUGAAGCAGCAACGUAAAUGCAAAAUUCAGCCGCCAGACUGGAUGGAUGUCGAGCAAUUAGAAUUGUUAAAAGAAGCCGAAAAGGCUUCCAGAAACUUUGUCAAAAUGCCGAGUGAACACUACAUGAUUGAGGGUAAAUUGUUGCUCAGCAUAGCCACGGAUGAUAUCGCACGUGCUGAUGAAGUUCGAACAAUAAUAAAAGAUAUUUGGGAUAUACGCAUGGCUAAGCUAAGAUCGUCUGUUAACACAUUGAUAACUGGAAAAUCAUAUGGUAAUGUAGAUAAUCUAACGAUAAUGGAAAUUAAUAGUAUGCGUCCCCUUAUACCACAUGCAAUGGAUCAAAUACAUCGCAUGAAAAUGGAACGACCACGCUUUAGCACUCCAUCUCAAAGUACCUCAUUAGGUUUAUUAAACUCAUCAACUGUAAUUUCAACAUUUAAAUAAUAUUGUAAUUUAAAUAAUAAAUGUUCUAUUUAAUUUGA